AUGGCGAUCAGGGCUAGCCUCUCUCGAUUUCCCGUCGAUCGGGACGCGCAUGAAGCCUGCGGGCUGCCUUGGGGCGUGACCGUCACGCCCUUCUCCCAGGGGGAUGAGCACGGCAGCCCGCCGACUUACGGUGGGGAGGGGAACCUUCUCCCCCGAUGCGAGAAUUGCUGGGCCUACUUCAACACCUACUGCGAGCUGGACCAGUGGUCAUGGAACUGCGCCCUCUGCGACGCCCUCAACGGCCUCACCUCUGAGGCGAUCGACCGCUAUUCCCAAGCGCAGUCGUGCCCCGAGAUGAUCUCCUCCUUCAUCGAUCUGGAGCUCCCCGGUACGUCCCUGCCCGCCGUAAACUACUACGGCUCCCAGCUUGGUUGGAUUUCGUCAAUUGGCCUCAGAUUUGUAGAAUGUCGAUCAAAUUUCAGAGGAAGAAUCUGAGAUGGAGGCAAGGCCGGUCUACGUUGCUGCAGUGGAUUUGUCCUGUAAGAUCUCAUCAUUCAUACUCUUGCACUAUGAUUUCUGAGUUUAGGAUCGACAGCCGCAAUAUCCUCUGACAACGGCUGAGUAGUUAUCGUUAUUUCAUUGAUUCAUGGCAAAGUACAGCGUAUGACUUGUCUUGUACGCGAAAAAACCGAGAAGAAUUCAUCGGAACUAGAAUUUGCCUGGUCGAACUGUCAAAGCAUUUGUAUUAAUUAACUAGUGGAGAAGAUGCAUAUUGCAUAAAUCAAGACGGGAAAGCGACAUUGAAAACCAAGAGAAAAGGAUGAAGAAGGAUAACUUGAAUUCCGUUGUGGACGGGAAAGAUGCCGAAGAGAAACCGGGCGGAGGCUUUAAAUGAGGAUGGUUGUUGAGGCACGCUUGAGAUAACAUGUCCCAUUACAAUCAUGGCAGAGAGGAUGGUUCAAAUAUGGAGGGGAACAUGAUAUCUUUCCUCACAAACAUGGUUCGUAGAAAAGAAAACAUGGCAAAAUCAUCUGCUUGAAAUUGGUCCAUUAAGGGGUAUAAAUUAAGGAUACGAAUUCAUUCAAAAAUUCAUUCGUGACAGGACUCUCGUAAAUCAAAAUGUCAAAAAAUGAGCAGUAGAAAAAUGAUCCAGAAUUGGUUGUAAGUGCAGCCUAUUAAUUCACUGUAAACAACUAACCUUGGACUUGUGUCACCGUUGGAUCAUGCACAGUGAUGAAAGACAAAUUAAUCCGAGCAAGUAACUCCAUGAAUCAGUCAAAUGGACUGUGAAGAUGAUUGAGGGGUGAGAUAUUUUCCUUUUCUACGAUGUGGCAUUGAUCAUCCGUCUUCCAUAAGCCGUGAUAGACAUGGGAGUUUUGGUUGAGGCGGUAUGCUUUAGAGCCAUUCAGGGAAUUAGGGAGUCGAAUAGAUGAGCGUAGUUCUUCGUUUCCACCUAUCAAUGGGCAAAGUUAUUCCUUCUCGCAGGAUACUGUGGGAGGUUUUAAGGCCAAAAGGAUAUCACAUAUGCUUGCUCGUUGGUGAGAACAAUCGGUUGUAAGUAGGUGGUAUCAUCAGGGACCAGUAUUGAAUUGGAUUGUGAUAAGGCUAGUCUGACUACUUCAGUAUUUGAGGAACUUUUAGUUUGUCCAAGUCAGGGUGAUUUAGGCCAGCCAGACAGAAAACACGAUUGCCAUUAUCUCUUUAAACCAUAUGAUCUGAUUGUGAGUUUCAUGGUUUUGCCUUAAGUUUAUUUAUUAUUUUAAGGUGUAAUUAGAUCGAUCCUUGUUGCAUUCCACUCUUUUUUCUAUGGCAAUCUUUUGCUAAAAUUAAUGGGAAAUGGCCCUUUCUCCCUUGGGCAGGAAACAGAGAUACGCAUGCAUUUACUUGAUAUCAAUAAUAGUGGCUACCACGGGCAAGUUAUCGGAUAUCUGUAAUUUCUAUUUUCACUAAGCUUCCUGCGGGAGCGCUAUCAGAAUUUCAGUGAGAUUCAAAAUAUCUUAUAUGCAUCACCAAUGAAAGGUUAUACUCCUUUGUGAUCACUUACGUUAAAUGCUGAAGAAAGGACCGUACUCGUUGUUGUUGUGGUUAGGCUAAAUACCUUAAAAGGAAAGUCAUACAAAAGACAAAUCAGCUGAAAUAGCCUGGAAUUCACAUGGUAAGAGGAAGUGCUCAUAAUCUAGAAGCUACCUGGGACUCAGUUGCUGGUAAAAAAUAGAUUUUUGGAGAGAAGUGAAAAACACUGAAAACUUUCGUCGGCUGCCUGUUGUCUAUGCUCUCUUAUGAUCACUACUCUGAGAGCCUUUGAUUUUAUUGAAAGAUCUGCAAGAUUUUUUGUCUCUUUUUGCUUGCUUCGUCAUGGAAUAAGUUCACAACGUGAUAUGUAAGAAGGACCUGUCUCUACACCAACAACAAAGUCAAAGAAAGAUUUACGAAAUUUUCUGGAGAUGUCAGUACUUGUGUCCUUUCCAACGCCCUAUCAUUGUCUCCACUCAGUUUUUUUGAAAUUUAGCCUAUGGCUCUGAUAUGAGUUUCUUCUAUGAUUGGAACCUUUUUCUCACGAGAUGACGUAUAAAUUCAACUUUUUUAUCCCUUUUUGUCUUUCGAUUUGACAUAAUUUUUGGUUGGUUUCAUUAUAUUCACACAAUUCUGAAUUAAGUGCUCCAGACAGCUGUAAAUUUAGUAAAUUUUUUAUUAAGAUGCAGUGUGAUUUUGAUUUUAUCUUACUGUAUAUCAACUUUGCAGCUUCUGAAGAGUUCUUGGAACUCGUGAAAAGUGCUAUUCUAGCAGCCCUUGAAGGUUUGGUUUUAAUUCAUUUGAUAACUAAAAAUAUCGUUUAUUCAUAUUGGUAAUGGUCCUGAUUCUCUCUUUGAUAUGUUUCAUUUUUUAUGCAUUUCCAGGACUUAGUCCGGGAUCAUUGUUUGGGCUCAUGGCAUUCAGCCAUAAAAUAGGACUAUAUGAUGUUCAGGGGGCAAUACCUGUUGUAAAGAAUGUUUUCAUUCCUCCUGACUCGGAUGCCAAGUUACCAGUUGACCUUGAAGAUGCCAUGCCAUUGCUUUCUUUCUUGGCUCCUGUAUGUUAUUCUUGAUAAUACAAGCUAUUCCCAGUGCUCCAAUAAUUUUCUUUAUGAGUAUAUUAACAGAUGAAUGCCUUAUUCUGCCACAAAAAUAGAUACAAAUAGCAUACAUGCGCCUUUGAUAUAACCUAUGAAAUUCAAAAUUCCUCUAAACAGGUGGAAACAUGCAAGGACCGGAUUGCUGCGGCCCUUGAAACGCUCAGACCUACCACUUCCUGGGAGCGAACCACUGCUGCUGGGCAGGGGAUUGAUGGUGUGUUGUUGGGUGGUCGAGGAUUUGGAGUGGCAAUGGAAGCCCUUUUCAGCUACUUGGGUUCAGAAUAUGGUAACACAUUUGCCCUAGGUAUGUUGAAUAUACAUAGGUUGAGAUUUUUCUCAUUGCGGACUUCAAUGUGAUUUUUAUGCCUCUGACACAAUUGCCUGUAUUUAUUUAUUUAUGACCUCUUGAAAUUUAUUUUUAUUGUCAUAGUUAUCUUUUUGUAGCUAGGGUAUUUGCAUUUUUAUCCGGUCCUCCAGAUUAUGGAGCUGGGCAGUUAGAUACACGAAGAUAUGGGGAACAGUAUGCUAGCAAACGGGAGGAUGCAGAUCGCGCAUUGCUUCCUGAGCAAACACCAUUCUACAAAGAUCUGGUACGUUUAGUAGAAUUAUGGUGAAGCGCAUGGCACCAUACUAUUUGGUUUGUGUCAGUGCUGACUUAAAUUUCGCAGGCAUCUGUUGCUGUUGAAUCAGGUGUUUGUGUCGACAUAUUUGCUGUUACGAAUGAAUACACGGACUUAGCGUCUCUAAAAUUUCUGAGUAUCGAGAGCGGUGGUUCAUUGCUUCUCUAUGCAAGUACAGAUGAUUCAACUCUUCCUCAGGACAUGUAUGUUUAUCUAGUGAUUUGAUUUCCUUGUAUGUUUUUCAAAUACAGUUCUUAUUGCCUCCGGUGGGUCGUGUGAUUCCACAAAUGCUGAAUUAUUACAUGAAUGAAGAUAUAUAUUUUGACCGACAUGCUUCAUUUGAAAUUCUAAUUAUGAGUUAGAAAACCUGAAUUUCUGAAAUAAGUAAUUCUUUUGCAGGUAUCGGAUGUUGAGUCGUCCUUGUGCAUUUGGUUGUAUACUGCGGCUCCGGACAUCAUCUGAAUUCAAACCUGGUCACUCUGUAUGGAAGCAAUCAAUGAGUCGAAUAUUCUCUUUUAUUUUACUGAUAGUAGUUUGCUUUGGUUGUUAUCAAUGAUCAUUUUAACUCUUUCUUGGCAGUAUGGUCAUUUCUUUCCAGAUCCUCAAUAUGAGAACGUUCAACACAUCAUUUGCUGUGAUGCAUUUGCUACUUACGCUUACGAAUUUGACUUUGCUAACACUGCUGGUUUUUCCAGGUAGAGUUACUUAACCUAGAGGAAUGAAUUUCAUUGUAAUAAGCUUUCUUCUUUCUUUUCGAAAAAGUCACAUUCAUAGUUUCUUUCAUUGUGGUACUGAGGAAGAUGUGUUAAUGGCUUACAAGUAUUACGUUGCAUUUCUUUCAUAUAUAUAUUUUUAUGCCCAAAACCAUCAAAUCAUAUAAUUUUGUAAAAUUGUAUGCUUUUUUCACUUUGGAUCCUGGAAUUUUUUUGUCACUUCUUCUUAGUAUCAGAUAGCUAAUUUCGAGAUCAUGCAUAUAGCAACCAGCUGGACGAACAGCUGUCAACCGGAACCCAACCGAGGCAAACCAGCUUGCCAUUUUUUGUAGUUGACUGUUGCCUUUACUAUGUCAUGGGCAGCCUACUUCUUUUGUUUUACUUAUUUAGGUUGAAUCGUUCUCUAAAGUGGUGGCGAUUUGUACAACUAUCUGAAACCCCUGUGGUGGCUGAAAAAUUCCAUUCAUUACGUCAUUCUGAUAUAAGCAGUGCCUUCUAGUGACAUCAUUAAUAACAAGUAUCUUUUCUCCUUUCACUCCUGACAUUGGAAUUUGUAUCUUUGCCGACCUGUGGGUUGAUACACACGAUUAUUUUGCAACAUUAUUUUCCGCUACAGUGUAAAUAUUUUAAAUCGUACUUUUAAAAUUAUCAUUUCACAAAUCCCAUUUAAAGAUGAUCCGAUUUCAGUUUCGCUAAAAAAAUCGUCUGGAUAAUCGAAUGAUUUCAAUCUGGAUUGGCUGAUUCAGAUGAAAAUUGGUCCUCACCAAUAUGGUUUCAAUGACGAUGUUUGCCCCUCGCUUUGUACAUGCACAGUUGGUGACUCCUGUCCAAUGCUUAGCCAAUUCCCACCUGAUCCGGUUCCAAUCCAGCAUCAUCUCUGGCUAAUUCGUGUUUCUCCACAUAAAAAUUGUUAUCAUUGUUUCACUAUGGCUAUAAAAGCUGUGUCAAAUAAAUAUCUGCUGGAUGUAUGCCUACCAUAAAGGACUAUGCAACUUGGUCGUCAAUGGCUAAUAGGAUGUAGAUAAUUUUUUUGAUGAAUAUUGGUUUAAAUCUUCUUUUAAUAUAGGGCCAGAAUUUUUGGACCUCUGCCCUAUUAAGUAUUCUUUUCUAAUUUUUUAAGACAGAAGUAACAUCAUACGUUUCAAGGAGAAUAUAUUCAUUUAAUUUUCAGUAUUGCUUCAUUUAAGGGACUUAAGUUUAUGCACGCAGUAGAUAAAAAUAUAUUCUUUUUACAGUACCAUAUGGUUUGUGGAGCCUUCCUAAGAACAUUACGUUUGAUGGAGAUUGUUAUUUCUUCGUGGGAUUAUUUUGAAUAAUUGCAACAUCCUAUCAUUAAUAUGGUCAGCAUUGUGGUUCGAUCUCCUGUCAUGUGACACCUCAAUGCGUUUGUUUAGCUGUGUCUUUCUCUCAAACUCUGCAUGGGUGUGGGAACCUUUGGCAGAGAAAACUUAUGGCUUUGAUUUUUUCAACUUCUCUUUUUUUUUUUUUUGAAAUCUGUAUGACGCCGGUUAUUUUUCAGUGUUUAAGAGAAAUUUACUCUACCUUGCAGACACACUGACCCUCCUGUCAUACAGACUGCAUUUCAGUACAGUGUAAUUGUGCCUCGUGAGACAUCAAAUACGGCGAUUAAUUCUUCAACAGUGUAUGCUUCAUGAAUCACCUUGAAUUUUACUGUCAUGUUUCUUUUAGGAGAAAAAAAGUAAUCAUAUGAUUUAUCCAACUGAAUUCUUAUUGCCCUUUUACUUUUAGUGGAAACCAAGUCGUCAUAAUUUUUAUUUUUCAUUUUCUUUGUUUUAUUAGACUUGUAAGAGUAUAACUUUAUGUACGUCUGAUUUGCAAAUUUAGCUGGUUAAUGAAGCGAUUCACUCGUGCACUGUUAGUUUCUGUUAUCUAAACAUGAACACACAGUCAUAUAAGAACUUGUCCCUACCCAAAUACUUAGAUCUCAGCAAUUUAGCCACUGUUGAAAUGUUUUCAACUGCAAUGAAUGGGGGGGAUACGAGUUCAGAACUCCAGGAUAUCAUUUUUAGGCUCAUUGAAACUAUGACAGUUUUAUGUUUUUUAAACUCUUUGACUAAAGUUGUAGGACUUAUUUCCGAGAUAUGGACUUAUAAACAGUGAUGCCAAUAUUUGAGCGCGCAGUAAGUUGCCAAACUAUCAUUUCGAUGCUCAUUUGCCAUUUAGCGCUUGGAAGUGCAAAUAGGGCAUCCUUCAUCAUUCUGUUGCUGACUAGGUUCACAUAGGCAAUGCUUUGGGAACAGGAAGACAUGAAUUCAUGCAUCGCACUCCCGCUCGCUAGGGGUCACGUAGAAUGCAUCGAGGGCAAACCUUCCAAAGAAGGUCAUUCGUAAAACAUAUUCUCAGAUCUGCAAAUCAUAUUCAUUCAAACGGAGAGUGCAGAAUGUGAUCCUCUGCGAGCAUCCUGUCUGAAUUUCAGUUAGAUGCCUGUCGAAAUAAUGGUUGACCACCUGUCAAAAUAUGAUGUGUAUUUUCUAUGGACAUUACUAUGCAAAAAUAUGAGAUGUCUUCCCCUGGAAGCUCCCUUAGGUUGAGAUUUUUGAUUGCAGAUCAAAGCAUUUUGUUCAGAGACGGCUAAGGAUACGCACUCUUCAAUUGUCAACGGCACUUAAUAUCAAUGAAAUUUAUGACGGGGUUGAUGCAGACGUUGUUCUGUCUAUCCUAGUCCACAAGGUACUCUUUUGUCAUCGAUCUUUUCUUUUAUUUUUUCACAACCCAAGUACGGACCCAUAAGAUAGUUCCGUUGGCUGCGGAAAGAAUUGGUAGAUUCUGAAAGAUCUGGAAAGCAAAAUACUGGGUUCCUUGCACCAAAUUGAUGUGAACUUGGGGAGAAUAAACCAUCCCAUUAUCUUGGAUUCAAAAUCGUUUUGUUUUGCACCUGUUGCACGUGAUGCAUGCCGCUUCUUGAUGCUCUUGCGUCCAUGAACAUGCUUGUUGACUUUUUACUUGUUUCCACGUGUUGACAGUUGACUAUUUUCUCUUGCACUGGCACAGGUUAUUUUAGCUUGCUUGGAGCAAGGAGUCAGAGAAGGGCGAAGCUUGCUCUAUGACUGGCUGAUAAUUCUAGCGGCUCAAUACAACGACGCUUACAAAAUCGUCCACUAUGACACCGGAAACAUUGUCUCAAACGUUGACGCCGCCUUCACCCAGUGCCCACAACUACAGCCUAUACCUCGGCUCAUCUUCGCCUUGCUUCGGAACCCUCUCCUCCGCUUCCACGAAGAGGGCGUUCACCCAGACUAUCGAAUCUACCUCCAAUGCCUCUUCAGGUGCUCAAUCCCUCCGAUCAGUCCCCUGAUCAUAACUCAUCCCUCUCUCAGCUCUGGAUUAGGAAUUGACCGCGAUUAUUCAUUUAUUUAUUUAUUUAUCUCAGUGAAGAACACUGGCGAUUCCUAGCUUUUACUUGAUGCUUUCAAUUUGAAGAAUUAUUCAAGAAAUGGUUUCUUCUGUGAGAGGAAUUCUGAUGGGUGGUGGAAUGUGGUUGGUGUUCGCUUGCCAUUCUUGUUAUGCAGCGCACUGGAGCCUACCUCUCUUCACCGGGCCAUCUACCCACUGCUUGCUUCAUACGCUUCCCCUGACAAGCAAUCGUUCCCGAGGCACUCGCUCAGCCGCGCCGCACUCAUCACCAGCGGCAGCCCGAUCUUCCUCCUCGAUGCCUUCACCAACCUCGUCGUGUACUACUCGUCUUCGGCCGACGCUUCAAUUCCUUUCCCGCCUCCUCAAGACUGUAAGUUGCCCACCCUGAAUUCCCUCAGAGCAGAGAUCAUAACCCCAGAAAAUUCUGAAUUUAUAUAUCCAUUGAUUGAUCCCCUCAGAGCAGAUAUCACAACCCCAGAAAAUUCUGAAUUUAUAUAUAAAAUAUGUAUAUCCAUUGAUUGAUCCCCUCAGAGCAGAUAUCACAACCCCAGAAAAUUCUGAAUUUAUAUAUAAAAUAUAUAUAUCCAUUGAUUGAUCCCCUCAGAGCAGAGAUCAUAACCACAAAAAAUUCUCAAUUUUAUAGUAAAUAUGGAUUCAUUGAUUGAUUCCCUCAGAACAGAGAUAAUAACCCCAGAAAAUUCUCAAUUUUACAGAAAAUAUAGAUCCAUUGAUGGAUUCCCACAGAAAAUUUUACAGAAAAUUUUCUCAAUUUUGUAUAAAUUAUUGAACAAAUUCCCUCAGAGCAGAGAUGAUAACCCCAGAAAAUUCUCAAUUUAAUAUAAAAAAUUAUUGGUUCCUCUGGAGAACAAAAAGUUUUCAGUUUUAUUUUAUUUAUUUUAGGUUUGAUUGAAGGUGAUGCCCACCUUGUGGUUGAUGUUGCAGGCGCGCUGAGAACAGUGAUCAACAGAAUGAAGCAGGAGAGGAGCGUGACUCCGAGGCUGACUUUCAUCCGGGGGGGACAGGAGGAUGCGAGCUUGUUCGAGAGCUAUCUGAUCGAAGAGCAGGACGUUGAUGGAAACGAGUUGGGGGGGAUGACGGGAUUUGUUGCUUUCCUGGAGGAGAUAUCUCGGGAUGUGGUUCAGUAUCUCAAGCAGGAAGCCUGA